AUGGUUUUUGGAGUGAUGGAUUUAAGUUCUCUGUUUACAGAACAACUCUCCCUGCGUUGUAAGAGGGAUUGCGUUUUGUUUGAAUCUGGUAUAUAUGGUGCUUUAAGUUUAUGUGAGUUUGAAAGGAGGCUGGAAAAAAAGGUGCUUGAGCUUGAUGACUUGGAUGAGGCUGGCUAUUGGAAACGUGGGGGACUUUGUUUCGAUUCCUCCAAGAAUGUUUACAAGGCAGUGUUGAUUAUGUAUAAAAACCAAGAUCAUAGUGUUGAGUUUGUUAUAGUUGCUAGUCUUGAAGACAAACAAUGGAGGCAACUCGAAUUCCCUUAUGAUAUCCCCUCAAUGAGUGAAGGGAUUACAAUGUUGGGACGACUUCACUAUAGGGUAUGGGGCAAUGAUGGAAGCAAAUUAAUUUAUUUUGAUCCCAUCUCUGAAAAGUUCCAUAUGUUUCCUGUCCCUGAGCCUAAGUCUAAUCAAGAAGAAAUUGUUAUAGUUGGUUUAGGAGUUUUAAAUGAAUGUCUUUGUAUCAUGACUUGUUUGGAACAUGAAAAAAGUGUUGAGAUAUUGGUCAUGAAGGAAUACGGAGUAAAGGAAUCAUGGACAUCAUUAUUUUCCAUAAGGAAUUCAGUAGUAAAGGAAUCAAUAUCAGACAUAAAUUAUCCUUAUGGAUUUGUAAUAUUGCUCUUUUUCGUGACAGAGAAUGGUGAAUUAGUUUUGAUAUAUGACUAUUGUGGCAAAGAUGUUGCUGUAUAUAAUCCUAAGAAUGAUAAUAUGAGAGAAAUUCUCGAGGAAAAGACAAGAUUUAUACUUGGCGCCAUCGUUACCUAUGUGGAAAGCUUGAUCUCGCCAGUGGAAUACUCCUGGAGUGAGGAACGACACAGAAUGAUUGAAAAUAAAUGGCUUUUGGAUUAA